UGGGACAGCUCUGCUCCUCUCUCCACAGCCAUGUGCUGCUGGCAGGAUUAGCCACAACCACAUCAGUUCUCUGCGACCUGUCUGAGCCCUCCCUGUCCAGGGACAGUCUGAGGAGCUGCAGGCUGAGAAGUGGCUGGAUGCUGCCCUCCCUUCCUCUGCUCACCAGCACUGAUGGGCACUGCCUGAGAAAGAAGAUGAUGUGAAUGGGCUGUAAGAACCAGACAAGAUGGAUGGAGAGCUGCCCUGCAUUGAGGUGGAUGGAGAAAUGUCUGCCACAGAGGAUCUAGGAGGAGGUCUGCCCUGUGGGGAGAGAGGUGCAGAAGGAGAGAUGCCCUCUGCUGAGGCAAAGGAAGAGGCUCCUGGUGCUGAGAGCAGCCCGCCAGGGGAGAUGCCCAGCACGGACAGCCGUGGGGAAGUGCCCUGUGCCAACAGUGAUGCCAGAGGAGAGGCAUCCUGCUGCGAGGGCAGUGGGGAGGAGGCUGCAGGUGCUCAGGUCCCUGCUCCUGCAAAGAAAAUGUCUUCAAUCUCCUCUCCCCUGCGGGCGAUCAUCCACCUGCGGCGCCGCUACCGCGGGCAGAGGAAGAGCCGCCUGCAGCUGGAGCUGCCUCGCGAGAAGUCAGCAGAGCUUGUGCACACCAGGCUGCUUCAGAGGCAGCUGUCCCUGACCAGGACUGGCCUCUAUGGCCCUUCCAUGGCCUUCUUUCAUCAGCCCAGCUUCGAAACCUCCCAGUACUUCACCUUCGACACCUCCGUGGAGCAGUACGCCGCCAAGAAGUCCCGGCGGAAAAAGAGCCGGCGGAGAUCUCGGCCGGUCCUGUACCCAGACAAAACCAAGAGGUACCUCCCAGCGGAGGAGAAGAGCAAGGCCAAGCGCUGCCUCCUCCUCCUCAUCGUCAUCAUCUUCUUCCAGAUCCUCAACGCCAUAGAGAACCUGGAUGACAACCUCCAGAAAUACGACCUGGACGGGCUGGAGAAGACGAUGCAGCGGGAGGUGUUCGGGCAGAAGGUGGCUGUGGAAAGCAUCAUGGAGCUGCUGAAGGACUACCUGGCCACCCACAUCCACAACAAACCUUUGGUGAUCUCCUUGAACGGCCCCCCGGGGGUGGGGAAGAGCCACGUGGGCUGGCUGCUGGCCAAGCACUUCCGCUCCGUCAUGGACAACGACUUCGUGCUGCAGUACUUCGUCAUGCACCACUGCCCCGCCGGGCUGCCCCCUCUCACCUGUGAGGUGGAUCUGGCUAAGAAGAUCUCUGACAUGGUCACGAGAGCUGAAACAGAGGAGAAGACCCCUUUGUUUAUUCUGGACGAGGUGGAGCUGAUGUCUCCGGUGCUGCUGGAUACCCUCAGCCGCUUCUUCGAACCCAAUCAGACCAACGAGUUCCUCAACGCCAUCUACAUCCUGAUCAGCAGCAUAGGAGGCGGUGAGAUAACAAAGUUUGUUAUCCAGAACGCCUCUGCUGAGCUGCUGCAGCAGCAAAGGGCAGCUGAGGAGCUGCUGAGCAUUAUCCAGCCGGUCCUGGUUGAUGUCCACCCUCUCUGGAAGGCUGCAGACAUCAUCCCUUUUGUUCUCCUGGAGAAGAGCCACGUUGUAAACUGCUUCCUCGAGGAGAUGAGGAGGGAAGGGCUGUACCCUGACCAGAAGCAUAUUGAAGCCCUGGCCAGUCAGCUCCCUUACUACACUACUGGGGACAAGCAGUACUCCAGGAUGGGCUGCAAGCAGGUUGUGGCCAAAGUCAGCCCGCUGGAGGGAUUUACUGCAGAGGCCAAGUCCUGCUCUCAGGAUUUGCAAAGCUCUGGGCUUAUGGAGGGGUAAGCAGCAGGCUGUGGUCAAGCUGUCCUUUCUCAGGCUCUGUCCUAGUCAAGGAAAAGGGAUGGCAGCCUGCUUGGAUGAGGCCUUGAGCCACCUGGUCUAGUAGAAGGUGUCCCUGCCCGUGGCAGAAGGGUUGGAACUGGAUGAUCUUUAAGGUCCCUUCCAGCCCAAAGCAUUCUCUGAUUAUCUACGACUAUCUAUGCCUCCUCUGCAGUGUGGUCUGUGUUCUCCUCCAGAUGCUUCACUGGUUGCUGAUGCUGAGGGAAGGUGGCCAUGCCCUCGGGGGCAGCGCAGCCCAGGCCACCUCCCAUUCCCUGCGGGAUGCUUUGUUCCGCCCCCAUUUGGCAGCCUUUGUCAUUAAGGCUGCUGUGAGAGCAGACACUGUGGGAUGUAAACAGGGGAAGGGGAUGGUAACUGGGUUACUGCUUGCUGUGUCUCACUCCUUCCUCUCCUUCCUUUGCUUUUCUCGGGCCUGGCUGCUGAGGUGCAGAGCAGACGUCUGGGCACUCAGAGCUCUGCCUCCUCCAGCUCCUGCCUGACCUCACGCUCCGCAGGCUGCGGCUUUGGGCCUGCUCCCGAGUUCCUGCUCUUCUGAGCUCAUCCCUGAGCUCACACCUGAGCUCACCUUUGGCACCUGCAGCCAGAUUUCUGCCCUGCAAGUCUGUUUGGGCUUGUCUAGAAGGCUGCUUGGCUGUGCCAGCUGGGGCAGAAAGAGCCAGCGGAUUGUUUCAGGUCUGCUGGUGGCAACUCGUCCUGAGAGCUCUUCUGCUUUGUGCUUCUGGGUGCACCUCCCCACACUCCUUGUCUGGAAACAGCAACUGACACAGAUUAAGCAACACACACUGGAAAAGACAGUUGGGGCUGUCUGGGCCAAGUGCAGUGGGAAUCCUGGGCCUGUUCCCAGCCCUGCCAGGCCAGGAAGAGGUUCUUGGUUGUUGAGACCCCAGGGAGAGCACCUCAGG